AAUCCAGCCGGGCAAGCGAUAACACAAAUUAUAUCUUCUAUUUUUGCCCCUUCCCCAAACACUUGUUAUAUAUUUUUAUUUUAUAUCCAUUCCGAAACAAUCGGUGCUGCCGAGUAGCAGCUGUCCUCGUAACAAUGGCUGCUGCCGCGUCACCACUCUCCCUCUUCUCCUCUCCUCGCCAAUCCUCCCUCACUCUGAGAGCCCUCGCCUCCAUCCCCAACCACGCCCAUUCGAGGCUCCUCUUUCGCCCCAAAACCCCUCUCGUCACCCCCAAACCCUCCCCAAUUUCCCUUCUCUUCUCCAACAACCCCAACCCUCCUAUCACCUCCUCCCCUUCCUUCCAGAAGUUAAUUCCGGACAGAUUGCGCGGCAGCUUCUUCUCCUCCGCCAUCGACUCCCUCUUCGUCCUCCUCGCCUCCGUGACCCUCUCCUUCUCCAUCUUUAUCUCCGACGUAGGCACCGCCAACGCCUUCGUGGUCACCACUCCGCGGAAGCUCCAGUCCGACGAGCUCGCCACCGUCCGCCUCUUCCAGGAGAACACCCCCUCCGUCGUCUACAUCACCAACCUCGCCGUCCGCCAAGAUGCAUUCACGCUGGAUGUGCUGGAGGUGCCGCAGGGGUCGGGGUCGGGGUUUGUGUGGGACAAGGACGGCCAUGUCGUGACCAACUAUCAUGUCAUCCGCGGGGCAUCUGAUCUCAGGGUCACCCUUGCUGAUCAAUCAGUAUGUGAAGCAAAAGUCGUUGGAUUUGACCAAGACAAGGAUGUUGCAGUCUUGCGUAUUGAUGCUCCAAAAGACAAAUUGAGACCCAUUCCAAUUGGCAUCUCAGCAGACCUUUUAGUGGGUCAGAAAGUUUAUGCCAUUGGAAACCCUUUUGGCCUUGAUCAUACGCUUACUACUGGAGUUAUCAGUGGACUGCGCAGAGAAAUCAGUUCUGCUGCCACCGGCCGUCCUAUACAGGAUGUUAUUCAGACUGAUGCAGCCAUUAAUCCAGGCAAUAGUGGGGGACCAUUGCUUGAUAGUUCUGGAAGCUUGAUAGGCAUAAAUACAGCUAUCUACUCUCCAUCAGGAGCAUCCUCUGGUGUUGGGUUUUCAAUUCCAGUUGAUACUGUCGGUGGCAUUGUUGACCAGCUUGUAAGAUUUGGAAAAGUUACAAGACCUAUCUUAGGAAUCAAAUUUGCACCAGAUCAGUCAGUUGAGCAACUUGGAGUUAGUGGAGUGCUUGUUCUAGAUGCUCCUCCAAAUGGUCCUGCAGGCAAAGCGGGUCUGCAACCAACAAAGCGAGAUACCUAUGGGAGACUGAUUUUGGGAGAUAUCAUAACUUCUGUGAAUGGUAAAAAGGUUACAAAUGGAAGUGACUUGUACCGAAUCUUGGACCAAUGUAAAGUUGGUGACACGGUGACAGUGGAAGUCCUUCGAGGUGAUCAUAAAGAGAAAUUCGCCGUAGUCCUCGAGCCAAAGCCGGAUGAAUCAUAGGCAUUGGGGAAAUGUGGCUACUCAACAUGUCACAAGCUGUAAUUGGGACAGUCUGCUCGACUUCACUGUUUGUGUGUGCAUUUGCAUCAAGGAGUUGUCCAUUGUAUUAAGUACUAGAUGCUUAUUGAACAGAGGGCUGUCUGUCAUAUGUAUCAGACAUUUUGAUGGGUAUUCAUUAAAUAUUUGAUACCAGAAAUGAUUCCCCGAGUAAAAA